AUGACGGCCGCUGUGAAAAUUCACCCGGCCAUUAUAACAAUACCAGAAGCAGAGGUGCCAAGCGUCAGUAACCCAGUACCGCAAUUUCGUACUGCUGUUGUCCUACAAAAAUUGACGAGGCUGGACUGGGAAAAGCAGAAACAUCCACAUAAAACGACACAACAAUUGUUACAGUAUCUUCAUGCUAAAGGAUUUGAUGUGAAUGACAUGAUAGAGAGCGAUAAGAAGCAGAAAGCAGCCGUUUUGGAGAUUUUAGCAAGGCUUGAAGAAGCUAACAUCAUCACCCAAGUGGUUACACGCCAAUCCCUACGAGCCGCAAUUCCAUGGGCGGAUUUGGUUGUUUCGGCCGGUGGCGAUGGUACAUUCUUGACGGCUGCGGCUGCAGUUGCGGACAAAACACCCGUGAUCGGCAUCAACACCGAUCCCGUGGGAUCGGAAGGACAUUUGUGUAUCGGUGGCAAGAAUCCUCCACAUGAUUUGUUCCAGCGUAUUGCCGAAGGGAAGUUCCAAUUCGCAAACCGCAACCGAAUUCGAGUCACAGUUCUUAAUAAGAAACAAGAAGCCAAAAAUGACUGCAUUUUGGCUCUUAACGAAGUUUUUGUGGGAGAAGACGAAGCUGCAAAGGUGUCCACUUAUUCAAUAUCAAUUGACGAUCAACCUAUGGUCAAGCAGAAGAGUAGUGGAUUAAUUGUUAGUACGGGUACAGGAAGCACGAGCUGGUACUACGGUAUGAACCGAGUCGAAGAGCAGACUGUAUCGGCAAUUCUGGAAGCUAUGCAGAACAUGGGAGUAGAGGUUAAGGCGAACGUCAGAGGACUGGCCGAGGAAAUUGCGAAAAAAAUGAACGACAAAAUUGCCUUCGAACCUGAUCAUCCAAACUUCGCCUACUCUAUCCGUGAACCGAUUUUUAACGCCACGUUCAAACGUACCAGCGUGCGUGGCUUUGCGCGUCGCAUUCGUCUGAAGUCUAAAUGCUCGAAAGGAUUUCUGGUGCUCGACGGAGCCACCAAGAUCCCCUUCAACAGUGGUACCGAAGUACUUUUGGAGAUCUCUGAGGCUGACGCUCUAAGGACCAUUAAAUUGUAG